AUGUGCUGGUUGACGGUUCGAGUCCGGCGGAGAGUGCCAUCGAGCCGACGAUGCGAAGUACAUGAUGAAGCUGAAAGCCGGUUCGUUUCAACGAGACCGGAAGAUCCGUUGAACCCGCGAGUCUGUCGGUCGGUCGGUCGGUUUAGACACACUUUCGGUGUGUUUGUACCGGACCCACGUGGGAGAGUGGAGACUGUCCGACACGACAAACGCCGUCGUGUCGGCGGCACAAGAAAAUGUUUCAAAGUACACAUACACAGGCACACCUACACACCUACACACCUACACACCUACAACUCUUCCCACGACUGGCUAAAUGUGUCGUUAAGCCGCAGAGGCCAUGCAAAACACAGCAGGAAUGCCAGCUCGUCUGCUCCGUUGCUAAGCCGCUCCCGAGACAGAUACACGCCUAAGCAACACGGUGCCGGUGCCUCAGAGACAUUCGUGCAUGUGUGCACGCGGAGACGGUUGUCUGAAAUCGUCCGACAAAAAGUCCAAUACAGCUUCCUUCAUCACGGACGGAUUAUGCGCCGGCCUCGAUACCAGAAAAGAAGGCGUUGGUGCCUAAAAGUCGGUCCAAGUUGUACUCUUGAAACAACCGGCCCAACCUGA